GCGGACUUCCAUCCUUCAGAUCUUCGAUUCUUUCUGGCCCAUCGCAACAUAGACGAUGACAACGACCCGUUCUGCAGUAGGGCUCAUGGUCGCGCUGGCACUUGCGACUUCAUGCGCGUCGGUCAUCGGAGUCCCCAUGAAGCAGCGGGACCCAUGCCUGCUGGACGGCGACAGCGCGUCGGCUGGUGUGGCACCGGGUGCCAUGCGGAGCGCUGGAGCAUAUGCAGCGACAGCUGCGAGCCCGCUCGGCGCGCCGGGCAGCAACAGCAGUGGGGAUGUAACGACGAGCAGCGCGCGCGGCACAAAAAGUACAAGCCUCGCAAGUAUAAAGGCAAGCAGCAAAAAAGGCAGCAGCAUAGGAACGGGCAGUAGCAGCAUGGGAAGCACGAGUGGCAGUGUUAGUAACAGCGGCGGCGGGACGGAGAGCAGUGGGUCGGGCAGCGACGCGGGAGAGAGCAGUGCGCCUGGCAAGGGAAGCGGCAGCACGGGCGCUGUGACAGGCACAGGCAGCACUGGCACGAACAAGGCGACUGACAGUACCAGCAGCACGGGCACGGCCAGUACCAGUACGACCAGCGGUACGGUAAAGGCCAGUAGCACUACGAGUAGCGGUACGGUAAAGGCCAGUAGCAGUACGAGCAGCGGUACGGGCAAGGGAAGUAACAGUACGAGCAGCGGUACGGUGAAGGCCAGUAGCAGUACGAUCAAUAGUACGGGCAAAGGCAGUAACACUACGAGCAGCAGUACGGGCAAGGCAAGUAACACUACAAGCAGCGGUACGGUAAAGGCCAGUAGCAGUACAACCAACAGUACGGACAAGGCCAGCAGCGCUACGAACAGCAGUACGGCAAAGGCCAGUAGCAGUACGACCAACAGUACGGGCAAAGGCAGCAACAGUACGAGCAGCAAUACGGGCAAGGCAAGUAACAGUACGAUCAGCAGUACGGGCAAGGCAACUAACAGUACUAGCAGCAGUACUGGCAAGGCCAGUAACAGUACGAACAGCAGUACGGCCAAGGCAAGUAACAGUACGAGCAGCGGUACGGUAACGGCCAGUAGCAGUACAACCAGCAGUACGGGCAAGGCAACUAACAGUACGAGCAGCAGUACGGGCAAGGCAACUAACAGUACUAGCAGCAGUACGGGCAAGGCCAGUAACAGUACGAACAGCAGUACGGCCAAGGCAAGUAACAGUACGAGCAGCGGUGCGGUAACGGCCAGUAGCAGUACAACCAGCAGUACGGGCAAGGCAACAAACAGUACGAGCAGCAGUACGGGCAAGGCAACUAACAGUACUAGCAGCAGUACGGGCAAGGCCAGUAACAGUACGAACAGCGGUACGGUAACGGCCAAUAGCAGUACAACCAGCAGUACGGGCAAGGCAACUAACAGUACGAGCAGCAGUACGGGCAAGGCAACUAACAGUACGAGCAGCGGUACGGUAACGGCCAAUAGCAGUACAACCAGCAGUACGGGCAAGGCAACUAACAGUACGAGCAGCAGUACGGGCAAGGCAACUAACAGUUCUAGCAGCAGUACGGGCAAGGCCAGUAACAGUACGAACAGCAGUACGGCCAAGGCAAGUAACAGUACGAGCAGCGGUGCGGUAACGGCCAGUAGCGGUACAACCAGCAGUACGGGCAAGGCAAGUAACAGUACGAGCAGCAGUACGGGCAAGGCAACUAACAGUACUAGCAGCAGUACGGGCAAGGCCAGUAACAGUACGAACAGCAGUACGGCCAAGGCAAGUAACAGUACGAGCAGCGGUACGGUAACGGCCAGUAGCAGUACAACCAGCAGUACUGGCAGGGCAACUAACAGUUCGAGCAGCGGUACGGGCAAAGGCAUUACUAACAGUACGAGCAGCAGCACGGUAAAGGGAAGCCCUAGCACCAGCAAGAACAGCAGCAGCACAAGCAGCGGGGCGACUAAGGGCGGCAACAGCACGGCGGCAGCAGGUGGGACGGCAGGCGGCGGGACGAGCAGUGGCGGCCGCACGGACACGGCGGAAGCGGCGUCUGCAUCCGUGGCAGGCUGCGAUGUGGGCAAAGGCAGAUGGGUGCCGUCCAGCGCCCCCCCUCCGUACACGGGCUUCACGUGCACGACGCUGCGGGCAUACGAGAACUGCCAGAAGAACAAACGCCCCGACUCCGCUUACCUCAACUGGCAGUGGCAGCCGGACGACUGCGACCUCACCAGGUUCAACCCCGCUGCGUUUGUGAGCCGCUUCAGCAACAAGGUGCUGGGCAUUUCAGGCGACUCCUUCUCCUCCAACUUCGGCAGCUCCAUCCGCUGCAUCAUCGCCUCCUUCACCGCCACCAAGGACUUCUCGUCCACAUGGUAUGGGCAGGACGUGCGCGGCUACAAGGUGCCGGCGUACAACAUCACCUUCCUCUCGCUCUCCGCUGUCUUCCUCGUUGACGCCACGCCCAUGGGUGCGGCAAAGAGCAGUGGCACGUGGAAGAUUCACCUGGACAAGCCCAAGGAGGUCUGGGCGUCCGUGCUUCGCUUCCUGGACGUCUUCGUCUUCACCACGGGCCACUGGUUUGUCAAUGCCCCUCCCAAGCUGCGUCAGUUCUACAUCAAGGGAGUGUUUCAGAGUGACAUCACCCCGUUCCAAGCCAUGACCGUCGCUCUCUCCACCGUGCGCGACUUUAUUCUCGAGUCUGGCUACCGUGGCGUGCCCAUCAUGCUCUCGUACUCGCCGUACCACUACGAGGAAGCAUAUGGGGGCGACCCAAAGAAGAGCUGCAAAGGAGCACAGAGGCCGUUCACAGACGCGGAGGUAGCUGUUGCUGAGAAGGGCACAGAGGCGCUGGAUGCACUGGCCACUCAGCUGAGCGUGUUCCAACAAGUGUCACAGCCACCAGUGAAGGCAAAGGAGAGGGCCACGUUUAGAAUCAUGGACGUGACUCGACUCAGCCUGAAGCGGCCAGAUGCUCACUUGCAGAACUACACUGGUGGCUCUGGUACAGACUGCUCCCACUGGUGCAACCCCGGACUGCCAGAUACAUGGUCAGAUAUCCUCUAUAGCAUACUGAUGUCAUAAGCUUAGAUUGCAUGCUACCUUGCUAGCGGCUUUGGCAUCGAAGACCACUUCGGAUAAAGAGAUACACCAAUACAUUGGAUAAUAAAGGCAUGUAAUCUAU